AAUGCAUUCAAGUUCUCCUAGAUGGACAAGCAAAAAUUUUGACAAUUCAAAUGUCGAAGAUGAAAGAAUAUUUAGCAUUAGAACAGAGAAUAAUAAGCAAUCGUUAAUUAAGAGAAAAUAUUUGUUUACUGUUUAAUAAAUAGAUAAUGAUGAGCAAAUUGAUGAUAUUAAUUUACUAUUUGAUGAUAGACAACUAAAAAUAAUAAAUGAUUUAUCUUUUGUGUAGGCUGCGAAACUUAAAGAAAAAGCAAAGCGAGCAUCAAUAUCUAGGAAAAUGAGUGUUAUGAUUUAAAAAAAGGAAUAAGAAGAAAAAUAACCAAGUUGUUCCUACAUAAAAGUAUUUACUCAAGAAGAUAGAAUAAGAAUAGUUUGGGAUCUUUUUACAAUGUUUGUAAUCUUUUUUGCUAUUUUAAUACUUCCAGUAGACAUUUCUUUUAAUAUUGAAUCUUAAUUCUUAGAAGACUUUAAUCUUUUUAGUUUAACAGUAUUUACAUUAGAUAUAUUCAUAAAUUUUAAUACAGCCUUUUAACACAAAGGUUAAUACGUUUAUGAUCGUACAUUGAUUUUUUAAAAUUAUUUAAAAUGGUGGUUUUGGAUUGAUGUAGGUAUUCAUGUAUAUAAUCAUAGUAUCUACAUUUCCUUUUGAUUUAAUAGUUGAGGCAGCAACUUCAGGUGUUGUAUAAGUAGAUGAAGAUGAACUAAAUUAAUAAUAAAGUUAAGCCUAAAAGGAUUCACUUGUAUAAACAAUGAAAUUAUUAAGAAUAUUGAAAUUUUUUCGAUUAAUAAAAAUAAUAAGACUUCUGCGUGUAUUAAAACUUAAGUAGCUUUUUGCAAAAUUAGAAGAUUACAUAGAUAUAAGUGGGUCAGUAAUAACAAUAUAUUAAUUGCUUAAAUUGACUUUUAUAAUGUUAUUUGUAGCUCAUUGGUUAGCAUGCAUUUGGCAUUUCAUAGCAGAAUAAGAAAAUAGUUCUAGUGGUUAUAGUUGGUUAUAAGCAACAGAGCUUGCUGAAUAAUAAUGGUAUAUAAAAUAUGUGGCUUCAGUUUAUUGGGCUACUGCCACUAUGACUACAGUUGGAUAUGGCGAUAUUGUACCAGUCACAUCAGUUGAGAAAUUAUUUGGUAUUAUAGUCAUGUUGUUGGCUUGUUGUGUUUUUGCAUAUAUAAUGAAUAGUAUAGGAGGAAUCUUUGUUAAGUUAGAUACAAAUGAAAAAACUAUAAGAUUAAAACUUGGGCAGGCAAAUCAAUUUUUAAAAUCUAAUGAAAUACCUAAAGAUUUGUAAGCAAGAGUAAGAAAAUAUUUAGAAUAUAAAUAUGAAACUGAGUCUUCAUAAGUCAAUGAAAAAGAUGCUUUAUCAGUUUUAUCAUCAACUUUAAAAGAUGAGGUUUUAUAGAAUGUUAAUACUACUCUUAUUAAAUAAUCAGUUUUGUUUAAUUCUGGUAAAUUUGAAAAGGAAAUUUUAUCAUAGUUGCCUUAUCUUUUGGAAGAAUAAAUCUAUGGACCAGAAGAAUGUAUAUUUUUAGAAGGAAUUGAUCCAAUUGAAAAAGAAAAUGGCAUUAAUAUAUAGGAUAGAAAUUUGUAUUUCUUAAAUCAAGGCUAAGUGUUAAUUUGUAUUUAAAAGACAAUUACUUGCUUAAAAAUAAUUGAAGGCGGAGCUACCUUUGGAGAAUUAGGAUUUUUCACAGAUAAACCUAGAAGUGCCUCAGCAUACACUUUAAAUUUUGUUUAUGUUUAAAUUUUAAAUAAAAAGAAGUUUUUUGAAAAAUUAAAACUCAAUAACAAUUAACACCAGAUUUAUUUAAUGAAUAAACAUAUUGUUGAAAUUAAUAAUGAUUACACACCUUUGGGAUAACGCUGUUUUGCUUGUGAAAAUGUAUCACAUUUUGCUUAUGAAUGUCCUAAACUACAUUAUUCUAUAAAUUAAGAAAAAAGACUUGAAAUAAUUAAAGAAGAAUAAUAAAAUUAAGAAUAACAUUUAAAAAUAUUUAAUAAAUAAUUUAUUAGAUAACAUAAAAGAAUUAAAUACAACUCAAGAGCUAAUUCUUAAUUAACAAAUAUUGUAGCCGAUGAAAUCAAAUUUGUAUACAAUCAUAACCGUGAAGGCGAAGAUGAUUUAUAUAUCUAACCUAAUUAGUAAUAGAUUAUUUUAUCUUUAGAACAAAUAGCUUAGAAGAAGAGGAUGAAAAUCCUUUGAAAAUUAGUGAAAAACGAUAGCUCCCUUAUUUUUUAGAAGAAAUUGAGGUCGAUAGAAUGUGUUAUUUCUCUCUUUACUUUCCUAAUUAUAACUAUGAUAAAAUUGUGCUUUAAUAUAAUUAAUACAUUAAAGAGAGGAUAAAUUAAGAGGUUUUAGGAAAGAAAAACCAAACUAAUAAAAAAAUAAGAAGUCAUAGAGUUAGUCGAUCUCAUUCAGCAGAGAGAGCAGAAUAUUUUUAAAAAUUAGAAGAAAAAUGCUUUGCCGAGUAAUGA